CACGCAGACGCGCACGUCGAUUGUCGUUUGUUCUGCUGAGACUCGCUUGAACAGACGCAGCGCGGCGAGCGUCCAUUAAGCAUCUUGAGGCAAGCAGCACUGGUUCUCUACCGCCCCUAGCCGGGGGCAGGCAGCUACUCUUACAUGUCAGCCGCCCCCGGACACUAUGGAAACUUGAGGGGGGUUCCACGUCCACAACAGUAGCAACGCAGCAAUAGUCGGUAGAAUGACGGUGGUGCAGCAUUGUAGUCCGGUGGGUGGCUCACGGUUCUCCGACUACCUGCAGCGAUGCAGGGCGUCGCGACGCCUGGUGCUGGUCAUCGUGGCUAUCGCAUUGCUGCUAGACAACAUGCUGCUUACGACAGUGGUUCCCAUAAUACCGGAGUUUCUGUACGAGAUCCGACACCCGAACGAGUCGAUGGUCUCAAGCACCACCUCCACCAGCACCAGCACCCCCACCCCCACAGUGACCACUCCAGCACCCCCACAGCCUUGCAACAGCCAAUCGGGUAACUUGAGUGAACCAGCCAGCACAGCCUUCGAAACUAACAUCACGACUACAUUAUCACCAGAGCAGGCAUUGCAGAAGAAACGGCAUGAGGACUUGAUCAAGGAGACCGUGCCCGUUGGAAUGAUGUUCGCUUCUAAAGCCUUCGUGCAGCUGCUGGCCAACCCCAUCGUGGGACCUCUAACUCACAGGAUUGGCUACAGUAUACCCAUGUUCACAGGAUUCAUCAUCAUGUUCUUGUCCACACUCAUUUUUGCAUUUGGGCGCAGCUACAGUGUUCUGUUUCUGGCAAGGGCACUCCAAGGCAUUGGCUCCUCUUGCUCCAGUGUUUCAGGAAUGGGGAUGCUGGCAGAACGUUAUCCUGAUGAUAAAGAACGAGGCAACGCCAUGGGAAUUGCAUUGGGGGGGCUGGCGCUGGGGGUGCUCAUCGGCCCACCCUUCGGAGGUGUCAUGUAUGAGUUUGUUGGCAAGUCUGCACCUUUCCUUGUUCUGUCAGCCCUGGCUUUAGGAGAUGGAUUACUACAGCUGCUGAUGCUGCAGCCUGGCGUGGUGAAGCAGGAAUCAGACCCUCCAUCUCUCAAGACGCUCAUCAUGGAUCCCUACAUCAUAGUGGCUGCAGGCGCCAUUACAUUCGCUAACAUGGGAAUCGCAAUGUUGGAACCGUCACUGCCUAUUUGGAUGAUGGACACCAUGGAUGCUGGCCGCUGGAAACAGGGCGUCACCUUCCUCCCAGCCAGUGUGUCCUACCUGAUCGGCACCAACCUUUUUGGGCCACUAGGGCAUCGCAUGGGACGAUGGCUGGCAUCUCUUCUAGGGCUCAUUAUCAUUGGAAUCUGCCUCAUGUGUAUUCCUCUGGCACGCAAUAUGAAUCACCUGAUUGUUCCAAAUGCUGGACUUGGCUUUGCGAUUGGCAUGGUGGACAGUUCCAUGAUGCCUGAACUUGGUUACCUUGUGGACAUUCGUCACACUGCAGUGUAUGGCAGUGUUUAUGCUAUAGGCGAUGUGGCAUUCUGCCUGGGUUUUGCUAUAGGUCCUGCAUUGAGUGGCACACUGGUGAAUACCAUUGGCUUUGAGUGGAUGCUGUUCGGCAUUGCAAUCCUGAAUUUCCUGUAUGCGCCGCUCAUGUACCUGCUGCGGAAUCCGCCAACCAAGGAAGAAAAGAAGGGCCACGUCAUUUCUCAAGCAGUGAGGCACUGGCUUCUCACUGCAAAGUCUUUGGUUCAAUCCCAGUCUUUGAUCCUUGGAGAGAAGUCUUCAGUACGAUAUGUGACGUACCAGAAUGAAGAUGACGAUGAGUAAACAUUAUUACUGUCACGGUAUUUAUACCACACUCUGAAGAUGGUGUCCCAGCCCAAAAUGCUGGAAUUUGUCUUUCGUUGUGUGUUCUCAAUGAGAACAGUUCACAAAUACAAGAAAUGCUCGCAUUGCGUCAGUCAAUCAAAUAACGAUAAACUUGGCCGAAUGCCUAUAUAAAAACCAAUCUAUUUACUAUUGAGCAACUCCCGAAUUAAAUAAUAUAAAUUUACAAGUACUGUUCACUAUAAGAAUAUGCUUGUAUGCACUGUGAAAUAUCAUAUACACACAUAUAUUGUCGAUUGAUUGUUUAUAUUCCAGUGCAUGCAACUUUGGGAAUGAAUAUACCGAUCAGAGAAACUGUAAAAUAAUAUUACCCGAUUAAGAAGAAAGGUUUAUAAUGCUGAUAGAAUGAAUAUGCAUUAAAUCUAAGACGGAUUUAUCAUGUACUAUAACUAUUUAAAGACAUAAUAUAAAGAAAUGGUACAGAUGCGCCUUACAGAGACCUCCAAACAUGAUUUCAUUAUUUCUGAACAAGUAAAAAUUAAAGAAAUAUAAUAUCAUUUCAAAAUUAGUCAUUUGACUGAAUUCCUACUGUAGAACAGUACUACUCUCAUUUGUUGUAGCUUUUGAGUGCAACACACAUUGAAAUUGACAUAUUUACUUCAUUUUAUCGCGUGUAGUCCUUUCCAACAGUUUGUUUUCACAAUGAACUUAAUCCCCACAACAACUGUAUAUCUGUAAGAAACAGAAUUGAUUCAAAUAAGGCAUUUAUGAAGUGUUCCAAUAGUUGACUUUAAUAUGAAGCUAAACAUUUUUUCUCUCAUGGAUGAGGGUUGUCCAAACUGGGCUAUCAUAUUGUGUUGUAUUUUAUUGUUCUUAAUGUUUCAAUGUGAUAGCAAGUUAUGAUGAAAUUUUCCCCAUUCACAGAUAGGCCAGACGUUAUGAGGUACCAGCUUUGGACAACUCUUUUUUUAAUACAUGAGCCAAAACAAUGUAGACCUAAUUAAACGUCAUUGUUAGUUUUCUGAAUAGUUAUUCUCUAUGGAUAAUGUCUGUAUUGUGGCUGUCCACGUACACAGGGCUGUCUCGAUGCUGGUACAGCUUUAUUCUUUACAUAUUUCAGAAGUUGGUUAGCAUUAAGGAAUUAAUUUUUAUAAAUAUUUAAAGUGUGUACCAGAAGUAUUACAACAAAUGCUGCUGACCACUGAAUAUAGACAAUAAGAUAGAAAUUUAUUUCAACUUGUUUAUUACAUGAUAAUAUGAUUACUAACAAAUAUUCUAUUCUGGUACACAAUUCCAAUUUCCUCUCCUAAUAAAAAACAUUUUAAUAUUUCAUUAAGAUACUUUGUUGAGAAUUGGCAUUAUCAGUCGGUACAGCCACUAUGCUACGGACAGGAUGACCAGAGAAUUGGGGUUCAGUUCCUCCUGAGGACAGAUUUUUCUUCUUCAAUGUGUCCAUACCAGCUUCAAGUUCCACUCAACCUCCUCUCCAGCCAGUAUCGCAUGCUUUUUCCCUGGGAUAAAGCUGUCAGGACAUGAAGCUAAUCACUCAUCUCCAUCUAGUUGUGAGAUUAAGAAUGCAUGGAGCUUUACCUCCAAUCCUCCAGAAAUUCUUAUAGCAUUGUGCUUAACUAGACACAAGGACAAAAUUGCCUUUUUAUCUCUGUUAUUAGACCUGUAUCAAAAAUUAUCCAUAUUUAGAUAUUGAAGAUUUACUGUUUGGAGAGCUCUGUAUUUGCUAACAGCGCUGAAUAUCACAACAAAAGCCUAAAAACAGGGUAGCUCAGUGGAACAAAACUUGGUACUUUUCAUUAUUCUUCAUUUCCUCUAAAUGCUUUCAUUGGCCAGUGAUAUGUCUUCAUAUUAUCUGCAAGCAAAUUAAAUUUAUCCAUGGCCAAAUAAUUUGCAUUACCAUACCAAACCCACAUAUCACAACUUACGUAUGUAUACCUCUUCCAGAUAUUCCAUAAAUUCAUCAAACAAGCGCCGUAUCAGUGUCUGAAGUCCUUUAAUAUGUCCAACUGACUGUAAAGAUAUCAGAUCAUCUAUUUUAAUUAAGAAUGGUUUUAAAAAAAUUCCCUUGAUAAAAUUUAGUAUCUGAAAAUAUUUAUUUUUCCAUAUUUUCAAUAAAUGUAAAAGUAUGUUGCGAAUACAUCGCACUUCUACCUUAUCAACUUCUCGUUGAGACUAGAGUAGGCUUUGUAGAUCUGGGAUGAUGAUUAGUAUAGCAUAUGGGCAUUUUAAUCCCAUUAACCCACCGAAAGCGACUUCGAUAAGAGUGCAUAAAAUUUGAAAUUCCAUUGAUAUUGCAUAAUGCAUAUGCCGGGUUUACACCUGGAAGAUGGGUGUCCUUACUAAGGAUUUUUGUGAAUGGCUGCACAAAAUCCGAUUACUAUAAGGUUCAAUUUAAAAAAUACACCCACGUACAAUUUCGUUUCUAAUUCGGAAUCAAAUUGCGCAUUGAUUUAUAGACUAAAGCGCUCUUAUCACUCCAACACUGAUGAUCGUAAAAUCGAUCAAGACAUUUUAGUAGACUCUUGUGCAUCUGCCAGUAUCUCGAUAUUGCAAGAUAUCAGCAACAAUUGUUGUAUUGUGCAUGACUGUGUCUGGGCUAACCUCUCAGUUCAUAUUUCUGCCACGACUUUGCCGUGACAAAUGCCGUGUUAGUCAAACCGGUCAAACCAGACUUUGUUUCCAUCAUCUAAUUACUACAUGCCAAGAGAAACAGAAGUAUAUGACUCAAUGCAUUUUGUGGCGUUAGCCAAAUUUUGUGUAUUGUAAUUAAUAAAUCAAUCAAGAGAUACACUUAUCAUUGUGCAUGUAAAACUAGCAUGUUGUGUAUCUUAUUUAUGUUCUACUCUGUAUAAAUACAUAUGCUGAGGUUGUUUUUUUAAAUUAAAAAAACUUAAAGAAAGACAAACUUUCUUCAGACGAGCUGAACUCACUGCUCUCUGAAUUGUCUUUGUGAAUAGACAAUAAAAUGUCAAGACAAAGCUAAAAUAUUUCUUCUCUCUGCUGCGCAUUUAAUGCGCUCAGCUGGUUUGGGUCCGAAUACAUUUACAUGACGAGCAGCAUCAACUUAACACCAUCUGGUGGCAAGUUUGAGAGCUGAGGGGCUCGUCUGUAAGAUAUAUUAUAUUAACUAUAUAUUCUUUAUGAUAAAUAUUAAAUGUGGGGAUAUAAGCAGAGUAUUCAUCUUCCCCUUAUAAAUAUCCGGUUAAGUGUUGCGUGGCAUUUGUAAAUGGAGUGCUUCAAAUGUUCUAUAGUGUUUGCUGAAAUGUGGUGCAAAUAAAUGGCAACUAAAAUGUCCAAUAAAUCCCUUCUUCUUUA